AAAAUUUGCCUAGUUACCAAGCAUAUGUUGCGUGUGAACUUCGCGUGUUGUGACGCCGACUGUUGGAUAGAAAAACGUCUAAUCAAUCAUAUAUUCGGAUUGAUUUCUUUGGUGAAUAGAAAGAAAAAAGUCGCAUAGUCUUUCAGUUUGAUUAAGGGCAGAGGAAAUUUCUUGAGAUGGCUUCAGGAGUUUCCGGGUUAAGCAUGCGCGGGGGGCUGUUAGUUAUGAAAAGCGUUUCGCUUUUUCUGGCGGGCAACCGGAGUAGUAAAGGAAGUAGCGCCCAACCGGCCGGAAAACCAGCAAAACCCCGUCGAAAAAAAAUGUCGGAGCAAGAUAUUGCUUACCGGUGUUCGAUGAAGAUCUUAGAAGCGGCUAAACGCGACACGCUUUUUACAAGGGGCGAAAUCGAAGCGCUUUAUAAAAUUUUCCGGAAGUUGGUUACAAUGAAUAAAACCAAGUCGAGUCAAGGGAAAAUGAAAACCAACGCAAAUCCGAGCUCAAUUAUUGGAAAACCUGCGAACGUGCAAGAAGGAAUCGAUCGAAUUGUUUUCAGGGAGAUUUUGCACAACACAUUUGAUAUUGUUGCAGAAAAUAUGCUAAUGGACCGGAUUUUUUGCGUCUGGGAUAAAGCCAAUUAUGGACUUAUCACCCUCGAGGCUUGGCUUCAUGGAUUAUCCUUGUUAUUAAGAGGGUCCACGAUUAAACAAAUCGAAUUCUGUUUCGCGGUUUAUGACUUGAAUGCUGACGGGUUUAUUACAAAAGACGAAAUGUUUCAACUUUUACGGAAUUGUCUAAUAAAACAUCCACAGGAAGAAGAUCCCGAUGAGGCUAUCAAGGACUUAGUUGACAUCGUAAUGAGAAAAAUGGAUAAAGAUAAAGACGGUAAAGUAUCACUUGAAGAUUUUCAAGCAACGGUAACAGAAGAACCGUUACUUUUGGAAGCUUUUGGAAAAUGUUUACCGUCAGAAAGAUCAAAAAAUACAUUUUUGUCCACCCUGAAAGCGUAGUUGUUGAAUAAAAAAUGCAAAAGUGAA